UUCUCAACCCCACAAGUAAGAAAUACUACUAAGUAAAUGUUACUCAGUUGACAAUGAUAUAUUGGUUUCUUCAACCUCUUAUGAGUAAAGCAAAUACAGCCUUGAAAGCCUUCAAGAAAGCCUCGUUUUUGUGCACAAAAAAGGAAAACUAAACAUCUAGUGAUUUGUACACUAGAUCAAAAAGUAGUGAGAGAGAGAGACCGACAUAGAGGAAGACGAAGGACUGCUUAUGUGUUCAUAACGCGCAGAGAAAAGACAAACAAUAAUCUUUGAGUUGAGUUGAGGAUCAGCUAAUAAUCAUAAGCAGUAGCAAAUGAUGGCUGGAAACCCUACUAAUUGGUGGAGCAUGCUAAUGAAUGGAAACAAUAUGCAUCAACAAUCCGAGCAUAUUUCUUCUUCUUCUUCUUCUUCGCAUUUUUAUGGAGCUUCAAAUUCUUCAUUAGAUGACAAUUCAACCCAAGAUUUCUCUGCUCGCUCAUUGAGCCAACUACUUCUGAGUGGAUUUUCUGGUGAUGAAGAAAAGUUUGGUAUUAGUCCUUUUCAUCAAGCAGGAAACUCAGAAGACCAAAAUUUGAAUUCAGUCCAUAUUCCAUCAGCUUCUAAUUUUAGGGUUAAUCCUAUUGAUGAUGUAAAGCCAGAGCUUGGCCAAUUAUACGACUAUCAUCAUCAUGUCCAAAAUGAAUUUCAAGCAUCGCUACAAGAAAAACUGGAAUUACCAACGGAAUUUACCAAACACGCCGCGUACACGUGUCGAUCUCUUCUUGCUAAUUCUUGGUCUCAACAUCAAGAUAUGCCAUCACCAGCUAGCUCUUGUAUUACAACAGGUUUAUUAAAUCAUAACGUUUUGAACUUCUCCAGUAAUAAAAAUAGCAAGGGGGAACUCAAGCAUCAACAUCCAGACAAUUCAUCUGAGUGUAACAGCACAAGCAGUGGUGGGAUAAGUAAAAAGGCUAGGGUUCAGCAUUCUUCAGGCCAACCUUCUCUAAAGGUAAGAAAGGAGAAGCUAGGGGAUAGAAUAACAUCACUCCACCAACUUGUUUCUCCAUUUGGAAAGACUGAUACAGCCUCCGUCUUGUCAGAAGCUAUUGGCUACAUCAGAUUCCUUCAGGAUCAAAUUCAGGCAUUAAGCUCUCCAUACUUGGGGAAUGCAUCAGGAAGCAUGGGUCACGUUCCCCAACAAUCAGAUUCUCAACACAAAACGAAGGAUUUAAGGAGUAGAGGGUUGUGCUUGGUUCCUAUUUCUUGCAUGCAAAAUGUAGGAAGCGACACGGGCGCCGAUUACUGGGCUCCAGCUCUAGGUGGAUCAGGAUUUUGAUGUAACGAGUGUUUACUCUGACGAUGGGAUUUACGUUAAUUAAUACACUGACAGUGUAAAGAUCUUUAUUUUACACUGCUACUGCCGAGACGAUGAUGAAGUGAUGAUACAAUGGAGCUAGCUAGCCUCUGUCCUCCUGGAAUAUUGAAUGAUACUCCAUAUAACAUCAUCAGCAGUCAUUUUCAGCAUGAAAGUCAGAGCUGACUGUUGGUGAUGCUAUAUCUUUUACAUUCAAAAUCGGAUGAAGGAUGGUCCGAUUUUCUUGAAUUUAUGAAUAAUCAUACACUACAAGCUAGUACUUCAUAUAUAAGUGUUGUAUAUGUAACUUGAAAAUCACUUAUCAGCCAUUGAUCAUUUUAUCUUUCAUUUCAAGUAAA